AUGAAUUCAAACAGUUUAAACGAAAGCUCAACCGAUUUCUCUUCAUCUUCAUCUAACUCGGAUGAUGAGGGAAGGGAGCUUAGAGUUCAACAACGUAAUGAAGUGUGUCUUAUGAUACAACACGUAAUGCAUGAGUACAUUCCACCAAUUAUUCAAGCUGUCACUCAGCAACGCCGACGCAAAUCUACUGAGCCCCGAAAGGAUAGGAGACGCGAAGAAGGUCAUGCACGGUUAUACAAUGACUAUUUCGCGGAAGUCCCAGUUUAUCCAAGUUCCUUGUUCCGGCGCCGGUUUCGAAUGCGUAAACAUGUGUUUGAGCGCCUUCUCAACGCAGUGACCCAACAUGACCCCUGGUUUCAACAAAGGCGAGAUGCGGCAGGUCGUCUUGGUUUGUCUCCACUUCAAAAGUGCACUGCGGCCGUUAGACAACUAGCUUACGGGUGUGCUUCAGACGCUUGUGAUGAGUAUGUCCGUAUAAGUGAGGCAACUUCACGAUUGGCACUCCAAAAGUUUACAGAAGGUGUCAUCAACCUGUUCGGUGAUCAGUACCUACGCCGUCCAAACAUCACAGAUAUGGAAAGAUUGCUACGUAUUGGGGAAGAACGUGGAUUUCCUGGCAUGAUAGGCAGCAUUGAUUGUAUGCACUGGGAGUGGAAGAACUGUCCACACGCAUGGAAGGGGCAGUAUCAAGGAAGAGAAGGAGUUGCAACUCUCGUACUGAAGGCAGUUGCGGACAGAGAUCUAUGGAUAUGGCAUUCGUUCUUUGGGAUGCCAGGUAGCUGCAACGAUAUUAAUGUGCUUCGUCGAUCCCCUGUGUUCGAAGACGUCUUAGAGGGUCGAACACCUCCUGUGAACUUCGUAGUCAAUGGUCAUCAUUAUACGAAUGGGUAUUAUCUUACUGAUGGAAUCUACCCUAGAUGGGCUUCUUUUGUGAAAUCCAUUACGAGUCCACAAACUCGUCAGGAUCGUUUAUUCGCAAAACACCAGGAAGCUGCAAGGAAAGACGUUGAACGCGCAUUUGGGGUCCUUCAAGCUCGUUUUGCCAUUAUUAAAAAGCCGUCUUUGGCGUGGGAUACCGACAUACUCCACAAUAUCAUGCUCGCCUGCAUCAUAAUACAUAAUAUGAUCGUUGAAGAUGAACGAGAGACGUAUCAGAAUAACGUUAAUACCAAUGAGUUUAUGAAUGCUGGAGGCAACGCUAAUGAGGACACUACCGAGUACCGUACUGAUCGUAUUGUGGAUAUCGGCUUAUACUUGUCUCGUAGAACAGAGAUUGAGGAUCAACAGACUCAUUUGCAGCUAAAAAACGACUUGGUCGAACAUAUAUGGAAUAAAUUUGGUAACAACGAAAACUUAGGCAACUAGGUUUACAACAAAUGGUUAUCCCUAAGGACAUCUUACAAAACGAUGUGUAGUUGUUUUUUUUUUU